GUUGGCUGUAAGGCACUGGUGUUUCCCACUCAAUUUAAAACACAGAAAUACUACGAUAUUCUGAAGCAGUCAUGUCCUGAGCUAGAAAAAUCCAGUCCAGGGGGAAUAAAGAGCAAAAGGCUACCUGACUUAUCCGUUGUCAUCACAGUGGACUCCAAGCUGCCUGGCACCUUCCACAUGGAUGAAGUGAUGCAGGCGGGGGACAGCAGCCAUAUGAAGCGGUUGAGAGCCGUGCAGCGGACGCUCUCCUGCAACGAGCCCAUCAACAUCCAGUUCACUUCGGGGACAACGGGAAGCCCCAAAGGAGCCACCCUCUCUCACAGGAACAUUGUGAAUAAUGCCAAUCUGAUCGGCCUCAGGCUGGGGAUCACAGAGCAGGACUAUCGCGUUGGCCUCCCCGCACCCCUUUAUCACUGCCUGGCGUCGGUAGGAGGCUGCAUGGUGAUGGCUCUGCACGGGUCCUCCUGCGUCUUCUCAUCGCCCAGCUUCGAGGGGAAGGCUGCUCUGGAGGCAGUGUCUCAAGAGAAAUGCUCCUUUCUACAUGGCACGCCAACCAUGUUUAUAGACAUGCUCUCCCAGCCAGACUUUGACUCCUAUGACCUGUCAACUCUCCGGGGAGGAAUCAUUGCCGGUUCCCCUGUUCCCCCUGAGGUCAUGAAGAUGAUUAUCACCAGGAUGCACAUGCCGGAGGUCGUG